AUGAAAGAAUCGCCCGGCGAGCCUUCUGCUAAAAAGAGGAAAUCCAGUGGAAAACCAUUGAAACCGAGUGGUAAUCCUACUGAGCCAUCUCUUCAAGUGCCGCCAGUUGAACCAUUCGUCCAUCACAAAGAGACUCCAGAAUCCAAGUUUAUGACAGAAGCCACGUACGACGAUGACAUUCGACCGGAUGCCACGUUCCAAAGUUACGAGGAAUUCGAGCAGAAAUACAAUGCGUGGAAGACGAAACAUCUUCAUCCGUUCCGUGUCGCCUCUUCAGAAGCGUUGAGAACGGAGAAAGGAGAAGUGAGCGGGAAAUUCAAAUAUCGAUAUGUGGUCUUUCACUGUGCCAGAUACGGAGCACCGAGAAUGAGAGGAGAAGGAAAACGUCCGAAUCAACACUAUCUUCCAUGCAACUGCACCGCAAUGAUUCGCCUCAACUUCAGCUACAACGAUCAGUGUCUCCGAAUCACUUGUAUCGAGACGCGUCACUCGAAUCACACUCUUGCCAAGGAUCUCUACGAGAGGAUGGUUGUGAAAGAGGAGAAAAAGAAGCUGGCGACACCAAGAAGACGUACAGUUGGAGGGACUGUCGAAAGAGUGAAGCAGGAGCCAGUCAUGUCUUCAGAUGAGGGUGCCGACUCGGAGCAUACACAAAGUCAGAGUCAGAGCCCCGUGGAUUUUGAUGAGUCGAUUGUUUCGAAUGCAUCGAAUGUAACGAUGAAUCAAACAAUACCGAAUCUCUACAGUAUCCCUCCACCGCCGGCUCACGGCCUAAUUCCGAAAGUCGAACCGAUGGCUCCUCCCAUCUCGGCACCACACCACUUUUUGGCAAUGCAACAAUAUCAAAGACUUCAGAGUCAAUUUGCCCUCAGUCAUCAAAUGCAAAUGUCUGCAAUUGCAAGCAUUUCGCCUAUUCCAUACUCUCCGUUCGCCACUGCCAACUGGUCUGCCGCCCCGAUGCCACCACGCCCAUCGGCAUCUGAAUCCUCUUCUCAAGCAUCUCCAGUCUCUUCAACUGUCGACGAGAAUGAGGCGCCGAAAGUGUUCCAUUCGUUGGAAGCAGUUCGUCCGAUUGCUCUCAGAGCUCACGAGAACAGCGCAUUCCAUCAGAUGAUUCAUCCACGUGGUCCUUCUGAAACCACUUCGUUGUCACCAAUUCCGAAAUCUGAAAUCGAUUCGAUCAUUGCAUCGGCUUCUCGAAUGUUGCAUGAUUCCAAUUUGCCUUCGGACAUUCUCCAGAAUCGUGUAAAGCAGCUCAAUAAUUUGAUCUCUCAAUGGAGCCAGUGA